UGUCAUUACCGGUUUAUGCUUAUAUUUUGCUGCUUGCCUGUGAAGCCCACCUCCAACCUCCGAAUCAGAAAACCGCAUCUGUGUAGCGCAGUCGCUUGUUUGGCAGUCGCAGACUUUUGGAAGUCACGCUGUGGAGUACUCCAUCGGGAUCCAGAUGAAUCAAAGCUUCCUGAUACCACUAGCAUCCAACGGCCAUACCCAGCGGGCUCUGCUUGGUCUGGUACAGCCCCUGGCAGCGUUUGGGACUGCACACUUAAGGGCCUUGUCGACGUCACGUUGCGGACUUAACGAGCAGCAAAAGGCCGAGGGCUCACAAGCAAGUACCUCAGGCGGCGAACAGCAUGAGCAACAGCAACGGCAGGAUUCGACUUCGUCAAGCGAUCACGCGCAGAACUUCUACAAUACGUUUAAGGCGGGCUAUGAGCAUGUGAAGUCUAAAGCUGCUGGGGCAGCGGGAGGCGGCAGCGGGCAGGAGCCAGCAGCGAAGCGCCUUUUGCAAACCCUAGCACAGGACCUCCGGGAAGUACUGCUGCCAGCGCAGGACAUCACCUCGGCAACGCGGGUUUACACGGGGCCCGUCGCCUCCGCGACGUAUGAUGGCCCCACAGCGCUCGUCCUCGCACGGCAGCAGGCAACGGGUUGGCAGAAGGCAUGGGAUACAGUUCAGGAAAAGCUGAGUGGCAUCCCGGUGGUGUCUAAGUUGCUGAACCUCAAGGUGACCGACACCGCGGCCUACAAGAAGGGUCAGGAACUAGUGGAGGACCUCAAGGACAAGUACGAAACCAGCGAUCACCCCGUUGUACACAAAGUAGAAGACCUCAAGGCACGCAUGUUCACGGGCAGUGAGGCCUCCCGGGCAAUGCGGGAGAUCCGGGUGCGCGACCCUGCCUUCGAUAUGAACCGCUUUGUGCAGUCCGUAAAGCUGGAUGCGCCCACGGUGGUUCGUGCCUUCCUGAAACAUGACCUGGAGGCGCUAUCGCAGCACUGUGGUCCUGAACUGCUGGAGCGCUUCGCGGGCAUCUUCAAGCACUUUAACGAGCAGGGCGUCUUUGAGGAUCCCUCCAUUCUCUUCAUUGGCGAUGUGGAGAUUGUCGAGGUCCGGCUGAUGGACGACGACCCCUUCAUCAUUGCGCAGUUCCACUGCCAACAGCUAAAGUGCACUCGCGACAAGUUUGGGAACGUGAUUGAUGGAUCUGCUAACCAAAUCCAGCGCGUGUACUAUUUCUGGGGCCUUCAGCAGGAGCGCUCACCAGUGGUGACUGCGGAGGGCAAGGUGCUGCCGCCGCGAUGGGUGAUCAAGGACAUGAUGUGGCAGUCCAUGUUGGCGCUGGUCUAG